AUGGUUCAAGCCUACUUGGGUCUACCAAUUGUUGAGUUGUACAUCAACUCAUUUAGUGAGUCCAUUCCUGACAUUGAUGAGGGUAAUGAUGAAGAUAAUAAUGAUAAUGAUAAUGACAAUGAUGAUGAUGAGAGGGGGUAUUCUAGGAUCGAGCGUGACGAUAUAUAUUGGGAAGAGGUAAAUGAACCGGAUCUGUUUGUGGAUAAUGAUGAUGUUCAUGAUGAUGUUCCUGGGCCAUCUAUGGGGAGGGGGGGCAUUAGAAAGGUUGGAGACAUCGAUGGGGAGGAUAGGGAGGAAAGUGAUGGUGGUGUGGAAGGUGAAGAGAGCGAUGAAAGUGAUGAGGGUGAAGAGGAAGGUGAUGAAGACAAAGGUAGGUUAAGAGUCGACCAUUCUAACAGUGGAUCUGAUUAUGAUUAUGAUGCAAACUCAGACAUGCCACGCAGUGACAUUCUUACAUCUCCUCCCAGAAGUGAUGAUGAGUAUGAGGUGACCUCCCAGAGUCAGAGGAGACAUGUGACAGAGCCUUCUGAGUUCCAAACGGCUGACAUGGGUAACACAGAGUUUGUGGUGGGUCAAAAAUUUCUGUCAAUCCAGGUUUUCAGAAAUGCAGUUAGAGAGACUAAUGUAAACAUGGGGAAGGAUGUAAAGUUUAAGAGGAAUUACCUUGCGAAAUGUAUAGUGGUAUGUAGGGAUAUGCGUUGCAAAUAUAGGAUUUAUGGGCGCAAGUGCAAGGAUGAGGAAUCCUUUGAAGUUCGAUCAGUUCAGUCCGUACACAAUUGUAGGAGGAAACACAAGAAUUCUAUUUUGAAAUCGUCUUGGAUUGCGGAUAAGUUGAUUGAGAAGUUCAGAGCACAACCCAACAUGCCUGUAAAGGCAAUGGUAGAGACAGUGAAAGAAAGAUGGGGUGUAGAUGUGAAAGAGCAUAGGUUGUAUCGGGCUCGAAGACUUGCAAAAGACAAGAUACGUGGCAAAGUGAACGACCAGUACAAGAAGUUGUGGGACUUUUGUGAGACAAUCAGGAGAACAAAUAUUGGCAAUUGUGUAAUGAUGAAAAUAGAGAGGCCAUUACCCGAUAAGCCCGCAAAAUUUCAAAGGUUGUACUUCUCCUUGGCCGCCAUGAAAAACGGUUUUCUUGCUGGUUGUAGGCCCAUCAUUGGGUUGAAUGGGUGCUUCUUGAAAGGUCCGCAUAAGGGCCAACUUUUGGCUGCCAUUUCAAGGGAUGCAAAUAAUCAGAUGUAUCCAGUGGCUUUUGCAGUGGGUCUGGUCCCGAGUUUGGAAGUGGUGGCUCCCGGUGCUGAGCAUCGGAUUUGUUGUAGACAUUUGUACGCAAAUUACAGAGAUGUAGGUCACAGAGGUUUGGCAUUGAAGGAGAAGCUUUGGAACGCGGCUGCCGCUUACACAGAGGCUGAGUGGUCUAUAGAAAUGGAGGAACUAAAGGGGACAAGCCCGGAUGCGUAUGAUUACCUGUUCCAAGAUUGA